AUGCACAUUAAUCUUGAGAUUUGGUGUAAACCAAAAGGGUCUGAAGUGUUUGAUAAAAGUCCCGUCGGGGAUGUUGUGGAGUGGACUGCAAUGAUUGACCCGUAUGGGAAAAGGGUGGACAUUACGAAGGCAAGAGAGCUGUUUGAAAAAAUGCCUGACAGAAAUGUUAUAUCUUGGAGCGCAAUGAUGGCUUCUCAUUCUCCGGCUGGUGACUUCAGGGAGGUGUUGAGCCUGUUUAGACAGAUGCAAGAAGUGGGUGUUGAGCCAAAUGAAUCUGUGUUAGUCAGUGUGCUGACUACUUGUGCUCACCUUGGUGCGCUAGCGCAAGGGUUUUGUGUUCACUCCUACGCCAAGCGACGAAAUCUUGAUUCCAAUCCCAUUCUGGCCACUGCGUUGGUUGACGUGUACUCAAAAUGUGGUUGUGUUGAGUUGGCUUUACCAGUAAUUGACAACAUUCCGAAUAAGGAUGCUGGAGCAUGGAAUGCUAUCAUUUCUGGGUCUGCAAUGAGUGGAACGCGAGAAUUAUUCUAACUUUUUAAUAAAAUGACAACGGAGGGGACUCAGCCGACUGAGAUAACUUUUGUUUCUCUUCUUAGCGCUUGCACGCAUUCAAGAUUGGUUAAGGGGGGGCUUAAAUUGUUUGAACAAAUGGAUACCUUCUAUGGGGUCAAACCGAAGCUCGAGCAUUAUGCAUGCGUGGUUGAUCUUUUGGCUCGAGCAGGCAUGGUGAAGGAAGCCGAGAUGUUCAUAGAGGAGGAGAUGGGUGGGAUCGAGCGAGGGGAUGUAAAUGUCUGGGGAGCUUUGUUGUCUGCUUGUAGAGCCAAUGGCAAUGUUGAUGUUGCAAACAGAGUUUGGAAAAAGUUGGCUAGCAUGAGAGUUGGCUCUCAAUACAACAAACCUGGUUGCAGUGUUAUAGGGGUGAAUGGUGUUGUUCAUGAGUUUCAUGAAUCUUUGCAAGAAAUGUGUGGACUGCUAGAUUCUUUAUCUAAUGCAUCGUAUAUAGCUUAG